AUGUCAAACCUGCUUGCCCAAGGUCCGUCAGGGACUCACGAGGAGUCCGACGACCUUGAAGACUACGUCGAUUCGGAGGAGGAAGAACAAGGGGAGGAAGAAGAACAGGGACCAGUGGUCUCUGCAGCUGAAAUGUUUCUGUCGAAGAUCGCCGCAAAGUUCGCGGCAGUCGACACCCCGGCGCCGGUUGCUCCGACUGUCCCUGGAACGGGAGCCUCUGGCUCGCCUAGUACACAGGCAGCGAGCACCGGCAACAGCCAAACGGUGGCUCCGGUUACCGCUCCUCUUGCCCCUGGAACGGGAGUCUCUGGCUCGCCUAGUACGCAGGUAAUGAGCACCGAGGAGAGUGAUUCGUCCUCUCCAUCAAUGGCGAGCGGCUCUGGGAAGACAGUUUCGGACUUCGGUUCGUCUGUCACCUCUCUUAGUUUUGCGGGUGGCGCUCAGGGGGAUACGGCUUCUGCUGUUCCCCAGGUGACAGGUAGUUCUGAGGGGAAAACCAUGGUUGUUCCCACUCCUGCAGCAGAGAACAACCUGUCGCCAAGUCACCCUGUGACCGUGUCAUUUGGCUAUACGGCUCAGGAGUCAUUGGGUAACCUUGGAAGCAACUAG